AUGAUGUGGCUUCGGGACAAAAGAUCCCUAACUGUCCAACAGAGCCUGACGGAGAAAAAGGUGAGUGGGAUAUCUCAGAUGCUAAUUUGGAGGGUAUAAAUUACUGAUAAGGAGAAAAAUAUUAAGUCAGGUUCGUGUUGGGCAAGUGAAUCGUAGUUGAGUAGUUAUGAAUGUCAUGAAUAUUGUGUCCUAAUGCCAGUAUCGAAUGAAACACUCUAAGCCAAAAUCGAACAGGCCAACUUUUAAGUACAACAUGCGUAAACCGGUGGACGUGAUUUUCCGAAGCAGAGUUUUAAUUUUUUUAGGCAUGGCUUCCUUAUAUGGCCCCUUUAAUUUGAACACGAGGAUAAAAACGUCCCGCUCAAGUAAUAAAGGUGUAUCUGCGAGUAAUUUCGGGAAGGACACAAUAUUUCCGUGGCCUAACCCAAACAAUAACCCUACCAUGGAAUUAAACUGUUGCUCUGAUCUUGACCCUAAACCUACGUUAAACCUUAACUUUGCAGUUAAAACUAGCCUCUACCUUAAUCCAUAGCUUGGUCCUGAUUUAUCUUGCCGUUAACUAUGGAUCUAGCCUUAAACGUAAUCCUUGAAUGGAAUUCGGCUCAAAGACACCUGUAUUACAGGCAGUUCCUGUUCUCAUGUCCUGUUUAGAAGGCCAUAUAAGCCAGUCCUACCAUAUUUUAGUUCCAGUAAAAGGUAUCUGUUUAAUUACAGCAGAUGUCAACCAAUCUCCUCGCAUUUGAGGCAUACAACAGUAGAAACGUCGACAGUGCAACGUAUAGACUUUAUUAAGUAGUUUGCGUAUCUCAUAAAAUGUUAGCCGAAAUCCAAAAAUGUAUUUUCAGCUAUAAAGAACUACCUAGAUGAAAGUGCGGCAUGAUCUAAAAAUUUUCCAGCUACGACAGAAAGCCAACUUUUGAAUGUGCUACUUUUCGGUAACCGGCAAAAAUCUCAUUCGGUAAAAAUGGCCAUUUGAAUAGUAUGCAUUUGUAUACUGAUUUUUGGUGCACUUAUAAAAGAUUACAUACUCUUUAAGUCUUAUACUGAAACGAAUGUUUUCAGUCUUAAGAAAAUUUGCAAUUAUGUGAUUUUUUAAAAAUCGUACAAUACCCAUUCCUAAAGUGACGUAUUCCGCCGGCUAAUCAAUGCUUCUCUUGAAGUAUACAACAUGGUCCACAUACAUUGUAAAAGAUUAUGAUUCCCAUAUCUUUUAAAUCAUACGAGGAAAUGUAUGAUUUUCUAUGCAUGGGAGGCAUAGAGCACGUAGAUUGGAAACUUUGAAAGCAAUCGCGACGACUGUUUAGUGUCAGAAGUAACCGUUAUUUAAAAAAGUUUUAAAAGUCGAACGCCACCCUUACUUCGAGCAUAUCAGUUAAAAAAAGACGUGAUUCAUUGCCUAACGAAUACACAAAGGAUAUUUUCAGGCAUACUUUCCAUAAAAAAUGUAUUUAACUUGAAUCAUCAAUUGGAAAAUCAUUGGAAAUCAAUCGGGAAAAUUUACUUACUAAAUGGUCAAUUCUGCUAAUCACGAUUUUUAUAGGCAGCCGAAAAGACGUGCGUUAAAAAUUUGGUCUGCUGGUGUGACUGCAGCAUGACUAUCCAUCUCACAACCCAAUCCGGAUAAUAUUUCUCAAUUGAAGACAACAUUCCAAAUUUUUGGGAGAAGCGAAAUCACUAGCAUAUCUAUGCAUUUUUGAAAUAAGGAGUGUUUUGAGAAAGAAAAAGACUAUAUUAUACCAUCUUUAGAAUUGACUCGAAGUUGUCACCUGAUAUAUGAGAAACAUGCAUGACAGUUAAAUUUCACGUUUACCUAGCGUGUCUGGUGUUUUUAGCAACAUACGUUUGCUGCAUGCCAUAAGUUCGUUUGUACUGGCUGUCAUCCUUGCGACCGCCUCUGGAAUUCAUAUUCAACGUCAAAAUCAACGUAUUAAUUAAGGUAUGAUUCAUCAGAGCGCAUGGUUCAAACCGCUCUCAUUUUUCUGUCUCUUUAAACACCAACUAUUUCAGUUUCGCCGGUGGUAAGAACGUGCCCAGUAUGCAGUAUACGAAUGACUACCUGCGACAAGUUUUUUCGGCUCUUCUCCUUCAGUUGUUGGCGCUCGCGCACACAUGAAAGCCUGAUUCCUAAUUAAGGCCAGUAUGUCCCUCUUCACAUGCACAAAGUGUUAUUUUUCAAUUUCUUAUCAAAAGAGACAAACCAGCACUUGCGGUGAGGACAUUGGGUAUGUACCGUAGUUGCCGUCCUGUGAGCUACUUAUAAUCCGUGCAUUCUUGGACGUUUGUCGGCGGAGUCAGACACAUCUUUAAUGCAAAGACGGGAAAACCGCGUUUUCUGUUUCCUCGUCGUCAUCAGUCAGUCAAAUCUCAACCACAGACAGAGAAGGCUUUAGUUUUAAAUCUGCUCCUUGUUGUUUUUUACACAAGUACCACGACCUGCAUUGAUUUUUGCUUUCUAUUAGUAUUUCAAAUCCUAAUUCUGCAAUGUAAUGCAUGAAAGUGCCAACCACUGAAAAGCAGCAUGUUUACCGUCAGUUAAGAGUAGACGCAUUGGCUUUCACUUUCGACACGGGGAAAUCGUAUGUCCGUAAACGGACCCAUUCGACUUAUUAUUUCGGAUCCAUCUAAUCUAAGUGUUCAAAAACUCCAUAUCCUCUUCAAAGGAAAGUCAAUGAAUUAUUGGUCGGGAGAAUAAAUAAUCUUUAGAACAGAGAUUGUUGCGGUAAGAUUUCGAGUUUAAAAAGAUAAAUACAUUAACAGAGUGCACAAGUUUAAGCAACAAGAUGAUUCCGAAAGAUAUAAGCACAAGAAACAAAGGUAGCAUAAAAUUCAGAAUUUACAUCUCUUAGAGGCAGGGAACACUAGCUCAAGAAACCGAAAGGCCCAUUAAACUACCUGUCAUAUUUUGCCUGUUCUGGUGUUUCAGAAGACAAAAUACCAAAAACUCUGCCUAUCACCAGGAGAAAGGCGCAUUCGCUAUUACCUACCCCCUCGCCGGCACUGCGUCGCAAUUUGUCCCUUCAAGAACCUUUGUCAGACGAGUUUUGUGAAAGAAUUCCAUUGGCUGUUGACACCCGAAGGCGUUCGUUUAAACUCAGGAAAUCCCAACAGUCAUCGGCCCAGUCGGUGUCCUCACUAAGAAGCGCAACAGAAAACGCUGGUAAAAUCAACAGAUGCGAUGCUUACUGGUUAAAUGUUCCAAGAUUUCAAAAAUCUCAUAACUAGGAACUUUUUAAAAGCGAAGGAUAUGGUUUCACCAAGUAUAAAAUUUGAAGAUUUAAUUUUCUACCAACUGAGAGCAAAAAAUCGUUGUACAUGUUUUCUUUAACAUGGUAAAUUGCAUAAAGGCACCGAAAAUCGAUAAAAUAUAUAUACCAAUUAAGUAGUUAUUUUCUUAGACCACAAUAUUACAAGUGGCUGAAAAGAGGCUCAUAGAAAAGCUGGCAUCCUGGCCGACUGAAUCAUCUUGUGAUUAUGCUGUGCGACAGUUAAUCUAACGACCCUACUUGAGUAAUCUUUUCUAAUCGGAGACACAUUUCAGAAUUUCGUUCAACGUUUCAGGAAAUCGUUAUUCUACAGUAUAUGUAAAUAUGCAUAUAUAUGCAGAUAAAUUGGUGCUGACAAAGACAAGGGAGACUGAAAUGGCCAUUUCUGCCUUAUUAGCUGUCAUCUACCUGUACGGCUAGUCGCUGUGCGACGGCCUGUUACCCGAUCGGUAAGCGUCUAUCUAACACAGUGGGCAUCCCGAUAAGCAUAAUUCGAAAGAAGUAAAUAAUUUUGGGAAGUCUGAGAAUGACUUGGGGAACAAAAGUCGAAAAUUUACGAAACAUAUUUUUUUAUCUUUCUCGAAGGAGCUAUUUCUUUCGAACAUAUAUAUAUAUAUAUUUGAAGAUUCAAAGUCCAGAUAAGUGAUCAUGUUUCUCAUCUGCAAAAGAAGAUAAAGGAGCGAUUUUAUGAACUAUACUAUGUUUUUGCUGACGUUCAUAAAUGUAUAUAUGAAAAAGAGAAUGCUCUUCUGGAAAUCGAGUUGUACGUGGCCGAAUAGGACUUAGAAGCUGUUAGCGCGUGGGAAAAAAAUCAGUGAGCGUAUACGUAUCAGUAAGCGCACGCGCUCACUGACUUGGUCCCACGCCCUAAAAACUACUAAUCCCUAUUCGGCCACGUAUAACUUCACUGCCUCGUUAGCCCCUCCCUCCGACAUGACAAGCCACAACCGAAACUCCUAACAUCUCCGACCAGUCACCCGCGUUCCCACUGGUUCACAUUUUCCCGCUUCUCCUUCCCAGCAUAGGGAACCAUAACGGCUCUCCCCUCGCUCCUCCCGCCCCAAAACUUACCUUAACUUAGUGUCCAUCCACCUCACGCACCAGCUGUCUGUCCUGUCGCGCUGAUUGAUCUAGUCUUUCGCUCUCACCUUCUUCCCUGUUCAUUUCGUCUGACGACGGGUUGGUACCCACUACAUUAAGACUUCACGAGUACAACUCGAUUCCUUAAAGAGGAUUCUCGUUGUCACUAUAUCACCUCGGAAUGCACACUACCUGACUAAUACAUAUAUAAUGGUACAAAAGGAGAAGGCUCGUUGGAAAGUCGAGCUGUACUCCAGGAUUUUUAAACUGAUUACACCAACCCGUCGUUAGACGAAAUGACUAGUGGGAAGAGAGAUAGCCACAUUAGAGGGCUAGGCAGGACAUCGAGGUCACAACGACAGAACAGACGUCUAUGUGAGGGUGUGAAUAACCUGUUUAGAUAGGUGCCGAAAAUUAUGGGAGGUGUUACGGGUUUCAUUUAUGGUUCACACUGUCGAAGAGGUACUGAAUCUGUGGUAGUCUGCAUGGCCGAUUAGGGACGAGCAGCUGGUGCCUUAGGGCAGGCUCAAGUUAGUGAGCCGUGGACGCAAACCUUCGUAGUGAGUGUCCAGGUCGACAUGGCGGCUGAUGUUGUUAUUGUUAGAGGGUCGUGCUUCGAGAAAUUCUCACGCCUGUUUGGUGCUGGCACUGGCAGUCACUUUGGUCCCGUUUCAUAUGGAGCGGUCAUCAAACCAAGGGGCAUGCGCAUACACGAGAGACAAGGGGUCUCGUCGGCGGAUGGCCAACUUAUGUUAGUUAAUGCGGGUCCCAAGUCAUCGGCCGGUAUGCCCAACGUAAAUGCAAGAGCAGUUUGCGCAUGGGAUGCCGUAAAUGACACUUUUUGCUGUUCUUCCUUAUGGGGUCUUUUACUCGGGAUGAUGCUGUGCUCAGGAAUCUGCCGGUCUGCGGGCGAUGUAGAUGCCAAACUGAUAUAAUUGUCUGGCGAUCGCUUCGGAAAUUUUUGGCAUGUAGGCAGGGAGUAGAAUUUCCGUGACACCCUGGCUCCAUUAACGUGAACGCUUUGCGGUUGUCUCUGGCGUCUAAUAGGAGUAUUCACAAAGCUGACUGGGUAACCGCUGAGUCGGAAAAACCGACACAAGUAAGCCAGUUCUUUCUCGCUAUUGCUGUAACAAUAGGCCCUGUGGAAAAUGGUCCAAACACAGCUUCUCUUAUGGACCGCUGGGUGGUUACUCUGGUAUUUAAAGGUGAUCUCAGUGCCAGGCUUUUUCAGUGGGCGCUUGCUGCGAGGCCACCGUCACUGAGACUUUGCAUGUUCACAUCUAGGAACGAGAGGGUGUCUCCUCUUGCUUCUUCGCGAGCAAAUUGUAGAACUGGGAGGGCGCCAUUCAGGCUCUGGUGAAAUCACUCAACUUUACUGGUUUUUACGAUGACGAAUAUGUCAUCUACGUAUCUAAGCCACAUUUUUGACUGAGAACUUUAUACAACAUCCUCUCCUAGUCGUUGUAAGACUAGUUCUGCCAGUAGUCCCGAAAUUGUCGAACCUAUUGGGAUUCCUUUAACCUGUUGAUAAUACUUGUCAUCGAAUUGGCCAAAGUAACUGAGGCAGGGUCUAAGUAUUUCUAAGACGUGUUGCCUUGGAAUGUUAAUGGAAUUGGCUUGCAGGCGCCGGGUCACGCUCUCAAUUGCAAGGCCGUGUGUUGUUGAAGAAAAAUAAGGCGACCACACCGAACGAUAGAAUGCCCUCAUCAGGACUUGGAUAUCUUCAAUGAAGCCGUGAGAGUUUGUGACCCUGCAUUGUUGUCCAUCGGCGAGGUGCGUCAGGUGCCUGUAUUACCAUUUAACAAGGGGGAAAGUGGGUUAUCCGAUGAGUGGCACUAUUAUCCUCAAUAAUGCGUCUGGUUUGUGCACUUUUGGAAGGCCAUAUGCAUGCGCGCUACGGGGACACUGAGAGUCAUGAAUCUGCAGCCACUGGGACUUGUCAGCUUUAGUCGAGUGAGUACAUUCACCGUCUUCUUUGCAGCUGCGGCCUGCUUUUUCUUUCGGUCCUCAGUGAGCGUUUUACAGACUUCCCUGUCAUAAGACUAGGUUUUCCUUUUGUACGUCAUCAGUCUUGUCCGUAAUAACGGUUGAGUCACCGUUGUCAGCAGGUACAACCACAAUACUGUCAUCAGUCUUCAGAGAUCGUAACCUCAAUUCUUCAUCGAUGGCUAAGUUUCAGUGACGUUUCCUUUGUCGAAGAAGACCAAUGGACAAUUGCAUAUUUCCAUACGCAUGUCUUCAGGGAUAGCAGAAAUCAGUUGGACGGAUAAAAGACUUGCUAGGAAGUUUGUAGGUUCAGCAUCAGUAUGAUUGGAUUUAGGUCCCUUAGACAGUAGGCUUAUUUCGGCGGGUUUUAGACUCCUUUUCGAAAAGUUAAGAAUUCUUAAGGACAGGGCAAAUACAUAUGCUUAUGGGGAAAAAUGGUGUCUCUUCGGAAGAAUCGAAAUAAAAUCGUAAAAAUUCAGCUUAUCGGCACCAAAGCGUCACCAGAAGGAAGGAAUAAAAGAGAGGUUGGGUUGGCGUACUGGAGCGUUUGGGAGCAUAGAGGCUACAUAAAUUGAACUGAGACACAUGCAAUUGAUGGAUGAGAUUUAUAAUAAAGGCCGCAGGACGGGUGUAAGGCCACGUCUUGCUGCGUUGAAAGGUAAGAUGGUAGUUUCAGUAGGAAUCCAGAUAACUACUAGGGAUCAGUUGUUGUUACUUUGAACAGUGAGGGUGACCGCUGAAUCGUGUGUGCGGGUUCUCACAGUGAGUGUCCAGGUCGACGUGGCGCUGGAUACCGCCUGUGUUGAAGUAUUAAGUCUCGAGGGAUUUUAACGUUUAGUUUUGUAUUGAUCAUGGCCAUCACCUAAAUAUCGUUCCAGUUCGAGCAGUGACCGUUUUACUCUGCGCACACAAAGAUGAGUGACGGGGAGCAACCAGUUUGUGUCCAGUAAUAGUAUUCGCAAAGCGUCCGCCCACAUGGCUGGCAUACACAUCAGUAGUUGGCGUGGGAAAUAUAAUAGUCUGUUGCUAUUUGGGCGAGUGAUCGUUUAUCAGAGAUAGCAGUACACGGCGCUUCUGCACCGGACCUUUAGUUGAACAGCGGAUGAGCACGAGAAGUAGCCUGGAUACUUAUUAAUUUGGGUAAAACUGCUCGUAAAAAGCAGCAGUAGUGCUGUAUUAUUUCUAUACUUUGGCCUUAACCAGUUCACUUAGCAGAGAUUCUAUGUGUGAGGUCAUAGACUCGUUAUUUUUCGAGUUCAGGAGAUGCUAAAUUCUUGCUCGACCAUAAGAAAGGUGUGCAAAGUUCCAAGUAUCACUUCCGUUUACCCGCAUUUAGCCUCAGAUUUUAAGAAAGAUUAAAGGUACCUUUAUCGUUGAUUGUCCAGUCGGAUAUUUUCACGAGGUGAACCAGGGAAUCUCAGCACAUAUGUAGACCCUUGUGAGGUAACCAGUGAUGUGAAAGUACACACCAUUUGUCGACUGGAGUUUAUCCUAGACGUAUCUGGAUUUGAUUCAUUUACUUGGAAUUAGCUCUUGUUUAAAAAGAAAAAGCAUGGAGUUAUUAAACACCUUUUUCAAUUCGCGGCUGCACAUGCUUCUUGAAUACACAGAAGCCUUUUUUCUUAGAAUAGUUUCUCUCACUCAAUAAAUGUGGCAGCAUCCACCAGCCUUAUUAAGUUGACCAUCAGACAAAAAUUAAAUCAGGUAAUCUUGAGCCCAGCGUUACCCUUAGUCCCCACAUCGACAGUAGCCAGAUCUUUUAUCCGACCUCCUAUUGAGACUAAGUUCCAAAAAGUUGAAGAGAGGUCCUUUUUACGCUCUCAACCGCGGCGCCCGAGCCUGCAUUUCAACCUACAACGUUCGCCAGGUAAUACAAAUGGGUCCUGCUUUUAAAUCUUUAAGAAACACGUGAUUUCAAGUAGAUGCAGGCAGAAGAAAUCGCUUAUUAAACUCCCGAUCACUCUCUCACACGUUUCGUUGGGCUCUCUCCGGUUAACGGCCAGUGAGUCUAAAUAUUGUCUAUCUGGACUGGGUCCACGAUCUUAAACUUAAAUUGCAUAAAGUUGGUGCUAUAAUCUGGCCGAAUCUAACGACCAACAUAUUCACUGAUUAAUGGCUGAAGUGCCUAUUCUAGGAUGUAAGAAUGACUCUGAAAGACGUUAAUUAAUAUACCCAGGAUUUACACACCUAACGCCAGAGCUAAGCAAGUAAAUAUGUCUAGUGCUGAUGACGAAAAUGUGCCCCAAAUUGUCAUUUUUGCAUCUGAGGCGCUGAUGGCUGGUAUAUUUAGUAAACAUUCCACUCAAUUGUUAAAGGCAAUGCUUUACGCGCUCCUAAUUCAAGGUAGGGGCUUCUUCUACGACCGUUACAAAAGCGCCAUGACUAAGAAACUGCUUCUUAUCAAAUCAGUGGUCAGACCACAUAAGGUUUUAUACCCACAACACGCAAAUGGAGUCACCAAAAGAUGCAUAGCGAUGCAAACAUGAACGCUAGAAUGAUCCUUUCAGGUUUAUUUUCUUUUUUAAAUGUGUACAGUGAAAGCCCCUCUAUGCUGCCAUAAUAGUUAUUUGGCAGAUACUGGCCGGCCGGAAAUAUGACGAACUAUGCUGUUGUUUUCACGCCAAAAGCACUAAAGUAAAGGGCUGUAGGUAGGAGAACUAGCUUACUGUCACCUUUAAUGGUCGAGUUCCAAAUUAAUGAGAGCUCAUAUAAAAGUUACCUAAAAGAGAGGUUUGUUCCAUACAGAACCUUGAUUUGUUGCCCCAGGUAACAGUGGCCGUUGGCGAAGCCGGGGUUAGUGUUGACGUUGCGCGAUCAUCCUCGAGUGAGAAAGUGAAAAAAGUGGUGGCAGUUGCUUUUGUAGGUUUGCUGGGAACAAGUUAAGUGUUGUCCAGCUAGUGUGUUGCAUGGCAUGUUUAGGCGGCACACUGGCAGCUGCCACUGUGGACUUGCGUGCGUCCCAGCUGAAGUCGGUCGAGUGACUGCAGGUUAGCGCGUCUGGAACCGCUUGAUCCGAAGGUGAGUAACCUUGAAGCAGCGAAGCCUUGAACAAGGACGCCGGACGGCUGUUGGCAGCAAUUAUGGAUCCAAAUGUUCUUUGCCACUACAUCGUCAGUAGGCGGGCAUUCCAGAAAGACUUUUGAUAAAUUUGGAAGGAUGGGUGCUUUUACGCUGUUGCCUAUGUUUUGUUCCCUGUGCUAUUAUUUUCAAAGGACGCGUGUGCUAUUUGGUUCAAGAAAAAGAACGCUCUCAUAAUGGUUGUCAUUAGCAGUCAGUGCAUACCUUACACCAAUGCACCAUGUUGUUUCCAAAGCACCAGAACAUUAAAUGGACGAGGAUUCCGGAGUACUGCUGCUCUAGCUAAAAACACUCCAUUUUGCUAAUCGUAUGUUCGCUUUAUAUUUUAGUGGUUCAGCUUCGGUGGCAUCAGUCAUUAAGCCAGUCUUUUUGACGAGGGGGUUUUAAAAGCUUUUGAAUAGUAUUCUCUAACAGGAAAUCCUAAUUAACUUAGGCGAAAUCCCAGACAAAUCUCCAAACAGGUAGAUGCCUGAAGUACAAGUAUUUUUAUAAACCCUCGACCAAUUUAACUUUUAAUCCUCACGUUCACUGUGUUCACUGCAAGAAGAUCAAGCGAAAUUCUGUCAGGCAUCGACCAACCAUUGCUAGUUUAAUGGAGACAAUUUAGUGAACUGUCAGCCGCUGCGGAAUAAAUGAAAUUAUGACGCGGAGGGGGCAGCGGCUAUCCGCUGUGGCUACUGGACUUCUGCCCAAAUAUUCAUACAUAAAAUUCUCGGCCUGUGCCUAUAGACAUUAAAGAAACUGAUCUACUCCAAGUUCGUAGCUAAUUUCUGAGGAAAUCAAAAAGCGACAAUUUCUAAAUUGGAGUAUCUACAAGAAAACAGAGGGGAAGUGCUGGGGGACCCACUGACGAGCCGAACCCCUCGCAGCUACUCCAUGAAGUGGCAGAAUAUCGGCGAAACACGCGUGUAUGGGCUUUUGGCUAGUACCUGUGCUGUUAGUAUGGUAUCACCUUACCCUAUAGUAUCUCUAUUAGUGUACAGUUAAUUUUUGCGCAUUUAUUGUCAACAUAAAAAUGCAGACAUUUCGAAUCCUAUUCGAAUUAACAUGCAACAUAAAUAUGGACGAUUGCUGCUGUCCAAUGUGACUCAGUGCAGAUAGUAGGUCGCGGAAUUUUUUACAUGACUGCCUGGAAGUAACCAUGUUGCGAAGGACGCGUUUUGUCAGGGAUUUUCAAACAGGGUUUCUAUUAAAAUCAAAAAUAGUGACCCCCAUCACUAUCUCUCUUGAUGGCCAUUUCCAUGGUCCGGCGACCCGUUGGUUAAAGGAAUAUUUUUUGAGGGUUAGCCGCGUGCGUUCACUUCUGGCCAUAUAUGGAUGACCACGAAGGUGAAUUUGGAGCGCAAGUUCAAAGAGGUCCUCCGGUCUCAGCGAGAAAUAGGGACAAUCCGGAAAGUCCAGAGAAAGUUACACUUUAAGUGCCUGUAACACAAGGGAAAUAAGUCAGACAUAUUUAACCUAUCCUGUUACGAUAACUCCUCAAGAGCAUCAACCAUAUUCAUUGCAAUGCGCUGCACCUGUUCGAGGAGAUCGAUGCCUUUUCUCGUCUACGGGUUCCAGCAUGGCAUCCCGUAAUCCAAUUGGGGUCUAACGAAGACGCGGAAGACUACUCCAGAGAGUUCAGGAGGAAAUAUUUUAGACGCACGUCUCAUCCAGUACAACAAGCUAGUUGCCUUCUGGAUUGCCUAAUAAUUUGCGAUCGUCUGCAUGCCCAAAUCUGUUGUGCGUUUCCAAAUCCUUUGGUACAGUACUGCUAAUAAAAUGUUGGCAUUUUCGAGAUAUUUUUCGGCCAACACUUAGACGUAAGACCACGCAUUUGGAUACAUUUAACUUGAAAAGUCACCGGUUCGUCCAGGCAUCCAACUAGUCGACACUUGACUGCGCCUUUUUUCAUCAGCACAGUGGACUUUGGUAUAUAUUCGCUUACCGUCGGCGAACAUGACAGCCUCACAAUUCAAGUCAUUCACAGAGAUCAGUGAGAGUAGUGUCCCUAAAGCAGAACAUUGUGUGGACACCACCUUCAACCUUUGCCCACUCUGAGACUGAAUUGCCAGCAACAGUUCUCUUUACUCUGGAGGACAGGUUUGCUGCUUAUGAAUGUCCAGACACUCACUGGAUGCUUUUAUUUUCAGGGUACCUUCCCGGUCUGGCAAGUCUUUCCUUUGGCAAACAGAAGUCAAUUCUCUCAGAGAUCAGCGGUUGCCGAACUGAUGCCGCGUCAGCAUUUCUACCAGACCAAGAGCCCCGUUCCCUUUUUUCUUCUGACUUGAACGACGGGGAAGAAGAACAAGUGGUGGAAGACACAUGUCGCGAGGAAAAUGCCGUCUUCGAUUCUAUUUCAAAAAAUGCAGUGGAUGUGUCACCCCCACAGCCGCCGGCCCCAUCGUUUGUACCACGAAUAGCCUUAGAUCAGGAAGCGCCAGUCAGGCGUGUGAACAAGAAUACUGAGUCGUCUCUUACCAUGCCUCUACUUCCGGCAGAUAGGGAAGGGCGACUCACCUACCAGGACUUGGAACAAUACGCUACCCAGGAACAAAGCGAAAGCAUAAAACUGCCGAUAGGUAAGCAUAAUGAAUUAAUAGUUGUCUAAUUAGGACUUUAUACGGAAGAUGUGUCUGGACAAAAUACUCCUGGGAUGGUGGUUAGGGGUUAGGGGCUAGGGCACCUUUUUCUCAACCACCCAAAGUGCAACCGCGCAUUCGCAACAGCUUUUCUUUUGCAUACAACUACUUGACCUCGUCGCCUGUACGCUCCCCGGCCCCACCUGUAAAAGCCCCCAUUACCACCGGUUCCGUAUUACAGGUGGCUGGGGUUUGUUUACUUCAGGUGGGGCUACAUAAACACAUCUGACCCUUUUUUCUAGUGGGAUGACGUGAAGUGGCACAACUGAUGUAUUUGGCAGCCCUGGGCUUGUUGCUUCCCUAUUGCUGUUGUAGCGGCAGAGGCUUGCCUUUUAAACCUAGUCUGUUUGCAGCCCCUUUGAAAAUUCUGUCACGUAAAAAUGAACGAUUGUGAUAGAAUCUCAGUUAUUUAUGUGAGACCGAAUAAACGAACUUCUAUGCAAUAAAAACGGAACGGACCUGCCUUUCCUGAUAUGUGGAAGAAAAAACGCUUAGAAUAGACAUUCACAGACAGAUAUCUGACAAGUCACGAACAAAAGACGGUGCAAAAUUAAUGAUCAUGCCAGCCCGGGCCUUGAGCACAAUGUCGUAAUAUUGCUUCGCCUUUAUAUGGGAGGCCGCAUAAGUUUUCAUUACAAAAGUCACUUUUCAGGAAACCAAGAACCAGCCAAACGGACCCAAAAUGAACCAAACUGUAGAAUUACUUGACUAGAUUACGAGUUUCAGAUGGUUUGGUAUCACAUGCCGUGGGCUAGAUUGGUGGAUUUUCCUAUUAAGAAACUAAGCCAACCCAGUUUCUUUUGAAUGAUUUUUAAACACCCCAAAGUGUGAAAUGCGCAAUUUAAACACGAACUCAAACCUCCUGCUAUUUGUAUUUCUUAAAGACAGGGUCGAAGAUAAGAAAAUCACACAGGAGGACGUUUGUAUCCAGAGGACCACAAAACCAAUGCUUCCACUGACUCUCCCACAUACCGAAAACGCUAAAAUUACUGGAUACAAAUCCACUGUCUUGAAAAAGCGAAUCUCAACUACGUAAGUUAUCAGCAUUUUUGCGGGCCUCUGCUUCGGCUAUUAACGACCCACGUAAGAGGGUUCAAUGGAAACUUGGGUGUAGGCCAGAUGGAUAAGCCCUUCAGAUGACUGUUUGGCAAGCAGGAGAUGGCAUCAGAUAAAUUAGCAUCGGGACAAUACAUUUAAAAAAGCAAAACAGGGGCAAGUGAAAUCAAGUACGAGAACUACGAGUAACUGGCGCCAAGCUGGACACUCGGAAGUUCUUCUUUUCAAACAGAGUGAUCGAGGCCUGGAAUGCUCUGCCUGCAGGUGUCGUCAUGUCCACCUCCGUCGAGGCUUUUAAGCGCAACUUGGACCAGAUUGCCACCAAUCGUCACAAUGCCACCUGACAGAUUGUCUAGCAUUUCGUUCGAACAGUUUAUUAAUGUUGUUAUAUUACUUCCUAUAUUUCAGUAACGUUUGUUUUUUUUAAUAUUGUCCCAUGUCUGUUAAAUGUGUGUUGGCAUUCAAUUCGUCUCUCUCCGAAACUGAGAUAGCACCAACUAUCCCUAGACAGACUACUGUACAGCACAUUUAGUAACGUUAAUGUUUUUAACUUUUGGAACAAUUCGUUUAUCUGUCUGGCUUACAAAACGUUGCCAAUCUGAAGAAACUCUGUAGCCGUUUGAUGUUUCAAUUUUCAAAUUUUUUUUUAUUGUUCGCCUCCUUGUAACAAAUAGGGAGUUCAACGGUUUAACACCUGUAUUUCCCUCAAAUAAACUGAACUGAAGUAAUGUUCGUCUUUACGCAUGAGGAAAAUGGGAGGAUAUGAGAGGCAGUGAGUAUAAGCCUGGCCAGGUGAUGAUGGAUAGUGUGGAUGGGCAGAGGGUAUGAGAAGGGCCUGUCAUGUGGCAGGGGAUAAGGGCGCAGAAUAUUGCAUACAGUUGGUAGGUUAACCGACCAUCGAUCGUAGUAAGUGAGCGACUUGCAAGAAGGUCUUUCGUUGACACAAGACUUACCCGAACUAAGUUGUUUUACGGACUUUCCCAGCAGUGAGAGUUCGGGUACCGUUCUCGACCAAAUCCAUUCUACACGGAGAGGGUAAGUAUUUGAUUCCAGUUCAGAACUUCUCUAUGUCCAUUUACUUCAUUACGUGUUAUUCUGAGGCAGAUAAUAGUGAUCGUACGAGUCCGUAUCUAACCAAAAGAAUGUACAAACACCUGCCGACAUGGCUAAGAAAAAGCGAAAUUGGGGAUGUGAGCAGCAACAUUCUAGUACACGCUGCUGAUUAUGGCCAUCUUGUGGACGGCAACAAAGCCUCUCAUGUGACCUGCAAAGCCCCGCCAAGUUACCCUAAACCACUGGGACAGAAUCUACUAGCAAAAGCGAAAUCGGCCAUGAUCACGUUACGCAAUCCAGUCUUGUGUGUACAGAAGGCCCUCUUACAAGCCCCUCACUUACUAUAAUCGAUGGGCUGUUAGCCUACCGAAUGCGUGCAGCAUUUCGCGCCCUCAUCCCCUGCCACUUGACAAGCUCUUCUCAUAAGCUCUGCCCAUCCACACCACCCGUCAUCACCUAGCUAGAUGGAUACUCACUGCCUCUCAUAUCCUCCCAUAUUCCCUUGCAUCCCGCGCCUGUGUAAAGGCAAACAAUACUUGGUUUCUUCAAUUACCCAGAAGAUAUUAAUAGCUCUAAUUUUAGUCUAAUAAGGAUUUAUUGAAUCCAAUUGUCUACUCUUCAAAUAGUACAAUGAUUUUUUUAUAGGAGUUUUGCAACUUUGAAAAAUUAUUUGUUGACAGAAAACCCGCAUAAAGCGUGUCAACCCCUUAUGACUGUUCGAUGACUUUUGAGGCUUAGCUCCUUUCAUUCCAACGGAUGCCAUCAGGGAGAAAUAAAAAUCGCACUAGGGUCUUAGAUAGCAGGUUCUACCUUCUUCGAAAAUAUGCAUGAUUUUGCCAGAGAAUUAAGUCAAGGCAUAUUGGAGAACAUGGGAUCCUAUUGACAGCCACUCUAUUCAGCGGAUUCACGGGAUCUCUGCGUUCUGAUUCUGGCAACUCCCUUUUCGGCCGGACAUUUUCAGACACAAGCUUUUAUUUGUGUUGGCAUGUUUUCUUUUACUGGCACAGCUAGAAGAAUAUUUUCGGGCACGCACAGUCUGUCGAAGGACUGAUGCGUCUGUAAUUCGGUCGUUUGCUACGCCUUUUUGCUCUGACGCCAUGGUCUUGCUGGUCACGCAGAGGAUGGACAUACUGGUUAAAGUCAGACCUUAGAUGGAUACUGGGUCAGACAGUAACCGUUUACCGCGAACGCACUGCCAACCGGAAGGUGAUUUUUGAAUGCUUUGCUUCCGAUGACAGAAUGAGAGGCGUACUCGUCUGGGAUAAUUUUAACGCUAGAGCUGAUUAGACCAGUCCGAUUAGAGAAUCACGAACGCAGACAAAUUAAAAACUUCAAGCUUUCCAGGUCUUCUGGAGUAAUGAACAAGUGACUUUGGAUUUUUUCUGGGUUUUGGAAUCUGUAUUUCGGUGCGAAUUUCGUCUAAAUCCACUCCUUUUGAGGCCUCAGACGGUAAACAGAGUGACAACCAUUCCGAUUAGCUGGCUAUUAACGGAUAGGAUUAAGAAUUAGAUAAUCAGCAAAACACGUCUGCGAUCUUAAUUCACGUACAGGGUUGUCGGACAUGUACACAAGAACUAGGGUAGAUGGGAACAUUUAUACAUAGGUAAAACUUUCUUGAAAAAAUGUUGUCAGCACUGGGCUUUUAUUGAGAUACCAUCAGUAAAAAAUUGUGGACGGUUUCUACUCAUGAGUAGGAUACCGAAACAACUAACAUGUAAGUAUUGGUUUAAAAAACGAAAACAGUGGCGGCAGUUAAGACCAGUGACACCUGUAUAUCGCUAAGUACAACGAAAUGGUGGGUCGGAUCUUAUUUCACAGCCGCACCUGUAGUGGACAAGCCCCAGCCGCCUGUCAUAAGGGACCGGUAAUAAUAGGGGGUCUAACACUAGCCACUAACCCCUAACCCUAACCCCUAACAGCUGCAGCUACGAAAUAAGACCUUGUCGUGACCAGGAGGUGUGAGUGUGGGCAGUCUGAGCACUACAAUAAUCAGGGCAAAUCCUAGUGUUGUAGGGAGAGAAACUAAUGGCACCAGAAUGAGGGGUGUAUUGUGCACAGAACCUCUCAGGCGACAGUGGCCACUGGCGAAGCCAGGGCUGGUGUUGACUGCGUUUAGUCAUGUCUGAGAGUCCCUCGGAUAGUGGUGGCAGCCGCUUUUUUAGACUCGUGGGCCAAGCUCAAGUGGUGUCCAGUCCGUGUGUGGUGUCCCAGGUGUCCCGAGGGGUGGUGUCCCAGUGGCUUGUUUUGCUGGUUGCAGGGCGUGGCGCGUUCAAGUGACGCAUGGGUAGCCGCGACACUGUGAGGACGCAACUGUGUUCGAGCUGAGGUCGGUCGAGUGGCUUCGGGUCAGCUAGUCUGGAACGGCUUGCUGCAAGGGGUGAAUGACCUUGAGGCAGCGAGGUCUUGAGCAAUGACGCCAGACCGGUUAUGAUGGCUGCCCGCCACAACCUUAAUAAAUAGUGCACAAAAUACCUUAAUGUAUAAGGGUUCAACCGAGGUUUGUGAGGUAAUAAAGACAUAGGCGCCUCGUAAUAUGCCCCUAUAGCGGUCUUAGAAGUGGUUUUUGUCAGGCUGAUCCUUCCGAUUUUAUCAUAAAAAUACUCACAUUUUAUAGACCGCAAGUCGAUUUUGGGGAUUUUAAUCCUAUUUCUGGGAGUGAACUGGAGUCCAACGAGUCGGAAUCACUUUACUCAUUGGACUUGGAAAAAAAUGAUUUCGCAAGGAGUGUUCAGCAAAAAGCCAACUGUCUACGUGAAAAAUUAAUUCAGGAAAGGCGACGGUUUUCCGACAGAAUGUUGGCGCCUCCUUCAUCUUACGUAUGUUGUUAUACAACUAUGUGGUUUGCCAUUUUUUCAGUUUAUUUAUAUUACAAUAUGACUCGGUGUUAACAUAUGGGGAAAGCCUCUUCCGACUAUGUGCUGGCAUUAAUAUCACAGUGAUUAUGUCAAAAAUUCGACGAGACUAUUCAGGAUUUAUCUAAAUAGAGCUCUUGUUCCUUUCUUAAAGGGAUAUUUUUCAAGGCACGUUCUUUUCUCCAUGUAACUCUUAGUUAGUAGUCGAUCGUUGUUCUGAGUCGACUAAUCUUAUGUUUGAAAAAGGUAGUGGUGUAGAGAUCAGCAUAGAAGCCUUUCUUCGGAACUGAUAUAUUGAAUAUAUUUUUGAAUAACUUGGCGAUAGAUUUCUGGGUUAAGCGAAGCGGAAAAUAUAGUUCUGAUUUGCAGUUAAGCGAAAAAGAAAGUCUCUGUGAUGACGAAUUUAGUUUAUCAGCUUACAAUACAUCAACAUAUUUCACCGAAAUACUAACCCGAGUUAGUUUAGCCUGACAAUCCAGAGUAGUAUGGUGUGCCUAAGUAAUUCGGUCAACGAAUUUAUAGUGUAUGCGGUUUUUUAUUUCGAGAUGUAGGGACUUUUUAGGAAAGAGGCUUUAUGGUGACACGCAAUCCAAAUUCCAGGGAGAUAUUGUUCACUUAAAAAAUAAAACUCAAAAUGUGGUCUUUCGCUCUGGUGUGAUUUAUUCUCUUCUUUCAAAUGAAUAACUGACUGGAACGUAAUCACGCUGAGGUCGGCAAAGUUCGGAAUUUAAGCAAAGAGAGACCCGGUCGUACCAUAACCGAUAAAGCGCUACGGAGCCCUUAGCCAAACCAUCACAUACUACCGAUGAAACUUUGGUUGAUGGCCUUCUCUUCCAAAUAUAACCCCACCAGGUGUCAUCCUAUUUGUCCUGUCUUCAUCUUCUAUAUCAUCAGUCAGUCAGUAUAUCAGUCAGUAUAUUUGGAGUAAACGACAGAAGCCAUGAAAACUCCAUUUAGAGGGUACAGGUAUAAAGUAAAAUAGUUAAAUUGCAAAACUUUUGCUUGCAGUUUUAGUAGGGAGAAUGCAUAAAUCUAAUAAUGUAACAUAAAGAUGAAAGGGGUAUUAUAUUCGCAAAAUAAUUGCGAAAAACUUUGUUCACCGCAUUCGGACUGUGAAAAUUUCAAUAUGGGCUAAGUUUGAUGCAAAACAUAGGAUCUGUUGAAAUCAUGUUAGUAGUAUAUUUAUAGUCAUUUCAAUAAUCCGUUAGAUCAGGCUUCGGCAGUUUGGGUUGCCUUUCAGCAGGUGAGUAUCCAGUUGUCUCUUGAACACGUUCACGGUAGGGGAAUUAACAACAAACUCCGGCAAAGAGUUCCAUUGACGAAUGACCCUCUGUGAGAAAAAGGAGGAACGUUGAUUUGUGUGGCACAGUUCCUUUUUAAGCUGGUAAUCAUGUCGUCUGAGAUUGGACUUGGGUGCCAUUUCAAAAAACGUUUCCCAGUCGACAUCCAGAUUAAGUCCUUUUAUCAACUGGAACGUUGCUAUGAGGUCGCCUCUGUCCUGCCUGUAGUGGAGGGGAUAGAGGUUCAAGGCUGUCAGGCGCUGCUCGUACGUGAAGUUUUUGAGGCCAUGAACAGCCUUUGUAGCACGCCGUUGUACACCUUCAAGGAUAUCUAUAUCCUUCCGAAGACACGGCCGCCAAGCCUGUACCGCAUAUUCCAGGUGCGGCCGCACAAAUGUCCCGUAUACUUUGCCAAAGACAUCUUUAUUCAAGUGAAUAAACGUUCUGCGUAUCGCGCUCAUAACGGACAUUGCCAGUGCAGCGACUUUAGAACACUGCGUGGUGACGUUUAGAUCGUCUUUAAUGAAUACACCGAGAUCUUUUUGCACAUCUACGGUUUUAAGUGGUUGAUUGUCCAGGAGAUACUGUCGUGGGGGUGCAUUUUUUCUUCGCCUCGCUGAUACUACGUGCAUUACUGCACAUUUUUUGACGUUGAAUUUCAUGCACCAUUUCUCGCUCCAUGCGUGCAAAUUCGUUACGUCCUCUUGUAGCAUCCUGACGUCAUCUUCAUCUUUUAUCGCUCUCCAAAGUUUAAGGUCGUCUGCAAAGAGCGCUAUGUCUGAUUUCACUUCCCGUACCAGGUCAUUUACAUAGAUAAUGAAUAGGAGCGGCCCAAGAACUGACCCCUGUGGGACUCCACUCGUAACAGGUGCCCAUUCUGAGCAGUAGCCGCCCGCAGUGACUUUUUGUUGCCGUCCGUUUAGGAAAUCUUGAAUCCAGUUCAGAAGAUUUCCUCUUAUCCCUACUUCUGAUAACUUUUGAAUGAGGCGCUUAUGUGGGAUGCAAUCGAACGCCUUGCUGAAGUCAAAGUAAAUGACAUCAGCUGGAUAUCCUUUAUCCAUGGCCUUUGACCAAUGUUCGAGUGACGAAAGCAGAUUUGUGAGGCAGGACCUCUUUUCGCAGAAGCCAUGUUGAACUGAGGCGAUGUGACAGCGGAAAGUAUCGAGUGAUGUAAUAGAUUUUUUAACUAGCCUUUCCAUCAGUUUGCAGCAAAUGCAUGUCAAACUAACCGGCCGGUAGUUGGUGGGACAUAGCCGUGAUCCUCCCUUGUGGAUAGGUACGACGUUUGCCAACUUCCAUGUGUCAGGUAGUUUGCCAGCUUCCAGCGAUUUUUGGAAGAUUAUAGAAAGUGGCUCUGCUAAUUCUUUAGCUAGCUGACGCAGGAGUACACCUGAGAUCUCAUCUGGUCCAGGUGAUUUGGCAGGAUCCAGCUUAUUUAGCUCUGCUAAAACUAACUGCGGAGUAAAGAAUACUGUGUUUAUAAGUGGUUGGUUGGCGGGCAGUGGAAGAGAACAGGACUGGAGGGGUGGUUCCGUGGUGUAGACACUUUGGAAAAACUCGGAAAGAAGCUCGGCUUUUUGAAAGCCAUCGCUUACAAUUCGGUUAUUUUUGUCCUUUAAGGUUGCCAGAUGGUCCCGGUUUUUCGUAUUGCUCCUGAUAUAUGCAUAGAACGCUUUAGGUUUUUGCUGCGCCUCUUCUAGGAGCUUCAUUUCAUAAGAAGCUCCUACUUCUCGGAUGAGUCUUUUGCAUAUCACCGACCAAAUAUUGGCAUCCAAAUGCUGCCUUUGCAUUGGACCCCUCCCAGUGCAACAUGCACGAACUUAUUCAUUCUGGUAAAUUCUGUGUAUUCAGAAGACGAAGUGGCGAGCAUACGUAGCUUUCGAUAAAUUCUAGUCGGCCAGUACAAUUAUAUGGGAACGGGGUAGAAAUAAAGACAUGUCAUUGAUAACCCUAUUGCCUCUUCUCACGGCAGGGCGUUCAGUUGUACGUUGAAACUUUUUGGCGUUGGGCAUGGACUACCGGAAUCAUUGGGGUGGGCCCGAAUAUUUCGAAUUAAAGAGGGUCUUGUUUAACUUUUCUGUUUAUAUUAGUGACGGGGAUAAUGAUAAAGGACUAGGUAUGGCCUACUUUAUCGAACUUGCAAAAUGACGCUGUAAUUACGAAGGUUUGACUGGAUGAAAGUUGGAAGCAAAUAUGCUUUAAGAAAAUUGGUCAUGCGAGUGGGGUGAAUUAUCCCAAAAUAUCGUUCAUACCCUACAAGUGGUAUAUAGUUUCCACACUGCAGAUGCAAAAAACUGGUCCGGAUAGAAAAAAGCAUGCCGUGAAAUGAUGAAAGCUUAAAACUUUAAUGGGAACUUGUUUAGUAAUUAAAAAAUGUUGCUGACAAAGAAGGCGAAACUGGACUAUCCAUUUCUGACAUAGCAGCCAUCAGCAGUUGGUGACAACCCAACCAAAAGUGUUUCCAUUUCCGAUGUUUGAAUCCGAAUUGAUUAAUUACGAAGCAGUCCACUCGUCACUGCAAUGAGGACUUAUACAAUAUCAGUGAAGAUCGCGAAUACUCAGUCGUACGGGAAUGGCGUACACUGAUAUAUGCUGUUUUUAGGACAGUGUACACGCGAUUUCGAGCGUCAAUGCCAAUGCGAGCAUCCACGUGAAUUGCAGAAUCUAAGCUUCAAAACGUAGUUACUCGUGUUUCAUCCUGAAAUCAGGAUGGAACUCGAUCAGUCGUUAUGCAUAAAGGACCUCGAGUAGUCGUCUCUAGACGUAUAACAGCGACUAACGACCUCUUAAAACACGCCCAAAUAUUCCUCAAAUAUUACGUCUGUGUGAGUCAAAAGGUUUAUAUGAACGUUUCUCUAGCUCCUUGCCCUUUACUGUUCGCUAGGAUAAUUGAACAUUAAGGUUACUUUUGCGAGUUUUCAAAAGCCACUCCCUGAGUAGUAUAUAGUUGCCAAUUAAUACGGAAUCGUAAACAGUUUCUCCUAUCAGUAGAAAUUAAAAUUAAUAACACCGGGUUUGUAGUAAAUUAUUCCACUUUGAAAUGCAGAAGCUUUCGAUGGAUGUAUGUAAAAUACAGCGGAUUUUUGACUUAUAAUUUUCCCACCAACGCAUAAUUGUCUGUAGGUUCGGUCAAACUGGAAGGACAUUUCACCACCGAGUUCGCUGCCGAAGAACCAUCUGGAAGCCCCUCUACGAGAUGACAAAUUUGCCACAGUGGAGAAGGAGCUGGGGCAGAUGUAUUCAACGCGGCAGAGUCUGCAAGCCCAAAUCCAAAGUCUUGACGAGGAGAUGGAGCAAAGGCGUGAACUCAGAGAUCGGCUGCCGCCGAUCCGUACCUCUGGUGCCCUUUCACCCAACCCUGUGAGGCUGCACUCAUCUGAAGGAAAAUGGACUUGAACUUAUGUAUUUCUUUGCGGAACCGGUCCGUCCAACUGGCAUAAACGUGAACAUAUGGGUUAGACAAAUGAGGCUUAGGACUCUGUUUAAUAGUUGGCGCUGAGUACCACACAUCACAGCGAGUUUCGCCACAUGCAGGAUUCGCGCGUCCGAUCUGAGACACAGGCCAUCUACCAAACUUUGCUUGGCUACUGGAAGUGUAAUUCUCCGCAGGACCGGUAGGAUUGUGUGUUAAUUAAAACAUUAUAAAUGUGGGAACGAUACGACGCCAUCAUGAUCAAUAAUGACCGUAGAGCAACCGCCUACGCUUGGUCAAAUUCAUCCCGAAUUCACUGAUGUGUGGAUAGUUAAAACAUUAAUUACCAGAUCCAUAAGACCAGUGAUUUAUGAGUGAGCGAAAAGUAGUAUUACGAUCAGCUCUAAAGCGAUUGCAACUGAGGUAGAAAGUCUGGAUUGUUAAACCGCCUUAUGCGCUAUCUGUAAAAUUAACAUGUUGUCUUUUUAAAGCAUAUUAAUCUGCUGUGGUCUGUUCGUAGCUUGGUCUUUUUUGGCGAACCAAAAGAAGGAAGAAAACCGCUGGUCCAGGAGUCUCGUUUGGUAUCUGAGCAAUGGAAUCAGAACGGUUAAAACAUAAUUUGAACCCAGAACUAUAAGUGCAGUUCAGUGACACAAUAGGCUUAAUUCGUCAUUGACUUAUGUAGUUAGUAAAAAUAGGCUUUUGAAGAGUUAAAUACGCCCUUUUUAUAUGCCACGGACUUUGCUUUUUAGACUUUUUCAUUUCAUAGGCCAAUUCUCUACUUAAAUAUUACUGACAGUCGAUGUGUAUUUAUUUAGCGUUAACAGGCUGCUCACUGCUCAGCAGAAUCUAGAACCAUGGUAUUAAUAACACCUGCUGGAGCAGAAUACAGAAAACAAAAUACAUUUUACUUUUUGAAGUCAUUCGGUAAUAAAAUGUUGAUGUAAAUAAUUUUCCUGACGUUCAGAGGCUUCAUAAUUUAAUGAUGUACCCAACAGUGCCAGGAAGUUGAAAUAAACAUUCCCUGUUCGGUAAGAUGUGGCUUGGCAACUCUACCUGAUAGAAACAAUACUGGUGAGGUUGGGAUUAAGGAUUAGGGUUAGGGGUUAGGAUUAGGUGUUAUGGUUGCUGGUUAGAGUUAGUGGUCCGGGUUAGGGGUUAGGAUAAGGGAUAGAGCAAAUACUUCUCAACCACUAAAAGUGCAACCGCGCAUCCCGAUAGUUUUUCUUUUGCCUCUACCUUCCCCGGACUAUCUGUAAGAACCCCCAUUGCCACCUGUCCCGUAUUACAGGUGGCUGGGGUUUGUCUACUUCAGAUGGGACCUCAUAACCAUAUCUGACCCCCUGUCCUUUCGAUAAAAACUGCCAGUACCCAAAAGGAGAUGUACUGCAGUUUUGCUGAACCGAAUCGAGGGUCAGACUGACUCACGCUUGAAUUUAUCGGACUGCAUUGAGUUCGCGCGGGACCUUAACGACUGCUUUACAUGUGUACAACAGGGCCUUGGACGUAGGCAUUCACGUCACCUCAGUCAGGACAUCCAGACUCAUUACCAGUUUGUUGCAAGGUUCGGACAAUCGACUAAGGGCCGGAUGCUGCAAGAGAGACAGGUCGGGGAAUAAAUCCUUACGGCAAACCAGCGGACCACCUGCUAUGACGGCUUGACCGUUUUUUCCAACUCUGUCCACCAUGGUGACUCUGUCCAUAGCAUGGCGAGCGCAGAGACGGUGGAUUGUGUGUGAGUUCGUUUAUCCUGAUGGGAGCCAUGCGCUACAUCUACCGUACUCUCCCUUCCCUCGCCCCCUUGGGCCCGGCGUUAAGAGAGAGUUAGGAGGACCUGAGGCGGGCAAAGGUGGCUGACGCGGCACGAAUCCGCGCCCAGGCGUGCCACCACGCUCCCCGGUCCGUGCAUAAAUGGACAGAAUUUCACCAAAACGGUAAAGGACGACUGGUAAUCCAACUAAGAGGGAGUUCUAUAAAGGUCACAUUAGGAGGUACUCAUUGCAUCUCGAGUCUCAACCCUGAGAGGAGAACCGAGUUACCCUGCCAGGCGGCAGCUUUCCCAGCCACGGCUUUUAGCGCACCGUGGUUGAUUCAAGCAUGUUGGACUGUUUAUAGUGAGGAAUAUGCGCCGAGACCGUCGACCUUACUGUCUUUUCCCUCUUUCAGACAUCGGUCCCCUGCCCGUCCUGGUCAGUUGUUGGAUGCGGGGAUUGGGCGCAGUGGUGAUUAAUAGGACAUGAGGGCCCGAAUUCGAGGACAACACAUGAUUUGGGUGUCCACAUGCACACAGCAGGAUUUCAUACAGAGGAUGUGGACAGCUCGGGCCUCAUAUGUUUUAGAGUGCCAUGGAUGCUCUAUUGAGAAGGAGCCGAAGGUCACUAAUUUACGUAAGAGGUGCCGAUUCCGUGCCUAUGGUGGGUGGUAUGGGAUGGGCUCAUAUGUGGUGUGUACGAUGGUGGGGUUUAGUCUGCUAUUGUUUUCCACGGCAUAGCAUGGAGGCGCAUGUGACCAGGUAGACCCAUGUGAUGGCUGAAUAUACGUGUACAGUGCGGGCAGUUAAGGUAAUGGUGACGAAGGUGUGUUGGUGCUGCAGUGGUUCACCAUUCUAUGCGCCAUGGAUUCACAAGUACCCGACUUGGUUGAUUCGUGAGGUGCACAAGCGGUACCAAUGUGGGCAGGAUAGGUUGAGAACUGCUCAGUGGGUUGCAACUGACGGUCGCGAUGGUGGAUGGGGAGCUGGUAGUGCUGGGUAUGAGAGGGUUUUCGGGUGUGCAAUGUAUGUUUAGCAUGCCAAUAUUACGGCAAAUUCAGCUGUCAUGGCUACGCAUGUGACCGAAUAGGCUCAUACGGCGACCAGAUGUGUGUAAACAGUACAGACGGCGGAGUCGGGCAAAUGCCGAGACUCCUGGCACUGGUUCACCACUCUCGCUUUGAUGGAUUCGUAAGUGUAUGAUCAGGCCGAUGUUUGAUGCAAGGCUGCAAUCGCAAUGGGGACAAAUAAGGAUUGAGUCCACAUUGCUGAUGGCGGAGACAGUGUUGGCGUGAAUCGUGUCUGACAGGACGUCAGAAGUUUUCUCGCUGGUGGUGAGAUGAUCCCUAGUAUGCCCAACCUGGUCACGCUAUCAGCCGGGGCUUCAAAGGAUGUAUACUGACGGGAUAACUAGAUCCUACUUUUGACUGAUAGCCAGGCUACGAUGGUUUCACUUUAAUGCGGCUUUUAUACCACUCAAACGUCUAUAAGCUCCGGGAUCACCUGAAUGAAGCCUGGUAUGUGGAGCAGGGACACGGCGUGCGUGUAAAGCGUAGGCAGCUGCUUGGAGCGCCGGCUGCUGUACACAUGUCCCUCUUUGUUCGUCUUGGUUUUCUCUGACCCUAAAAGGAGGCUGGAUGAUGUAACAGGGGAGUGAGAUAGAUUCACCACAAGUCUGCCUUACUAUAAACAAAUUUACGCGUACGUGUCCAUUGCUGAGCAAAACUCUAUGGGCGGCAGUAGAUGUCGUCAAUUGUUUGCGGUGGGACUUGGUUGAUGAAGACCGUCUGUGUAUAUUGUGUAAGUCCACGCGCCCCCCAAGCUUCUUUUCCUUUUUAUCCAUUUUCUGAUUGUCUGCAUUGUGGUGUGCGCUCACCGGCGAAGGCCACAGAAAAAGCACGCAGGCAAAACGAGUAUAUUAUUCUCAACGAAUAGGUUUAUAGCAUCUCUUCUUUGCAAGAUGAGGCUCUGCUAGCAGGAAAGUGACGAAUGCAGAACACUGUAAGCCUUUAUUAGGACAAUUCGUUACUUUACUGUUGAUUAUUUAAAACUCUAGACUUCUCUUAGUUAAGAGGACUUGAGCCACGUUCUUAAAUAUUUUAACCAAAGCGCGAGGUAUCGCAAGGUCGAUAAGUAAGCAAUUUAUCUCUUUUUCAGCCAAGACAGGCCAUCCUAACGGCAUUUUAGUUCUCAUUUAGUAAUAGGUACAAAAUGUACUCAUUUUGAAUAUCCUACAUUCGAAGUAACUUGACGAUGGUAGUUGUCCUUUUAGAGCCUACGAGAACUAGCCGAAAUAAAUCAGUCCCUCUCAAAGCAGGUGGCUGAGACAAAGGCCGAGAAAUUGUCUCUUCAGAGAGAACUCAAACGGGUCAUCAAUGCGGUUAAUGAAGAAGAGUCAGAAGAAAGGCAGUUUUACAAGAACCGAGUAAAAAGCCUGGAAAUGGUAAUCACGUAGUUGUUUCGUUUUCUGCAUUGCUAUAUUUGCAUUGUCUUGUCUUGCUGUUCUAACACAUAAUCAAAUAAUAUGAAAAACAUAAAGUAGUUAAGAAAAUCAAAAUUGGCUCCCCCUAUCUUACCAAUGAAGCAGAAACUUUGGCUUUUUUGUAUACCUCGUUCUGGAAAAGCGAAUAAUAUUUUCCAUUAAGCCAUGUAUUCCAAGGUUUACUAUGGACGUUAACUGCAGUCAGAUACAACCGUUGCAAUAGGUGCCGUUCAGACUGCACGAACAAACCUUACCACAGCCGCAGAUGUGAAUUCUUCUGUCUGCAGCUUGAGCCCUAUUUGAUUAAUUCGGGGAGAAAGGAAUGCAGGAUGAAAUUGGCGAAAACGUCAAUUACAAGAAAACAUCGUAUUGAUGUAGGAAACAUAAGGAAAGUUAACUAGGUCGACUGAAAGAGAGUACGAAUGUUUGUAAAGAUCGGUAUUUUAUCCAGACUUUCGCAAGUCACUUGGUACAUUCGACCAAUAUUACAAACACGCGCCUGAUCGGAAAUGUUUCUGAUUAUUUCUAAAGUACGGGAGAUUUAAUGUCCUUGCACAUGGAGGAGGCAACAUUUCUACAAGAUGCACGUGUAUUCACUUCACUUUAAAAAUAGUGAUCUUAAACUCUCAUUCAAGAAUGUGUUUUUAUCCAUAAACUGAACUUUCGACGACUGAGUCUAGUUUCUAAAAAUGACGACCACUUAAUUAUUGCAGGAGGUUAACAGAGCUCUCGACCAAGUCACCUAUAUGCACGGAGAAAUAGCAAAGUCGGAGUCCGAAAAGUCUCAGCUGAAAAUGGAGCUAUCCAAUCUUCAGUUUGAACUCAAGACGAUCGCAAGCAAGACUUCGAAUGAGAAGGAAAUGGAACAGAUAACUUGCAAGGUAUGUCCAUAUUGAUCAACUGAUUGAUUGUGACCGUCCAGUUCACAUGAUGGCGACUAAGGUAAGCGAUUAAAUGUUGCCAGGGUCAAGUGUCAUUGGUCAACAAAUGAUUGACCAUGUAAAUUGAAGACACAACAGAUGUCAAUUAAAAAUCGGAAAAUUAAGAAAUUUCGAGAAGAAGUCGAUGCAAUCGUUGGAACAAGAAUUUUAUUUGCAUGGUGUUCCAAAUUUUCAUCCUAAGCUAUCAUCGGAAAGUAAUACAGAUAAGGAUGUUGGACGCACAAGGUUUAUAGAAUGGGGGAGGCACGAUUUCUAAAUGCUUAGUGCGCUAAUUUGAAACAGGGAGGAAAUUGUCACAGUGUACGAAUCGAAGGCGGUCGAUAAAAUAAUAAUCGCACCAAAUACGACCUUAAGUGACGAACGCGGGGCCACAAAUUAUGAUACGUGUGCAUGUGGUGAUAUAGCAGCUGAACCACUUGUGCGUUGCAGUACCCUUAUCUGCGAUUGUCUCUGAGCCUGGGUUCGGAUGAAAAUCCGAAGCGUAAGAUAACUGAAAUUUUUAUUCCAGCGGUCGAAUCUCCUUCUUCUCAACUGCUUCCUAGAGUUCGCCUUUCGCCGGUAUCGGAAGUAGAACACCACAUCUCAGGUGAAAGCGCACGGAUUAGAAGACUGUACCCUAUCCGAAUCUGUAGUCAUGAGGAUAGGGCUACGACCAAAGUCCAUCACAAUUUCUUAUUUUCUGAAAUGUCCUAAGAGCACGCAAGAUAGUAGAAGCAACACUUCGUUAGCGGCCAUCUUAGAUGGUCUAAUCCUCUAAGCCAGUAUGGUUGAACUCGCGACCUGUUUGUUAGAAGUCCACGCCUCUAUUCACUGGGCCACAAGCCCGUCGCCCUGUCGGUUUUCGAUCGGGAAUCUACAAUGGUAGGGGGCGCUCACCGAUCGUUCAUACGGAACUCACUCGUUCCGUUGUACCUUAAGGGCUCUCUCUCGAGCCUAACCAGCAGCCGCACAGCGGCGCAUGAUAUAUAGGCAGAAUGGCAUUACUGACAAAGACAAGGGAGACUGGAAUGGCCAUUUCUGGCGUAUUAGCCGUCGUCGGCCAGCCAUACCCAACCCCGAAGUGUGGCACACCCGAGGCUCGAACUCGCGACCUGUUGGUUUAGAAGUCCACGCUUCUUACCAACCGAACGAGUGAGUUCCUGUAAGAACGAUCGGUGAGCGCCCCCUACCAUUCAGAUAAAAUGUGCGUGGCAGUCCAACUUAAAAGGAGCUCUUGUGCAUGCACAUUUAGGGCAGCAGAAUGCCAGUGCGUGGGCCCUAACCUUUCUCUAGUCCUAAUGCGGUUGAGGGCAUUUAAAAUCUCAGCAGCCCUGGCCUGCAGUUUAUAUGGCUGAUGAAUAACGGCAAAAGGGAAUAUUAUCUUCUCCCCAAGGCAUGUUGGUGGCGGACUUGUCCUUUUGGUUCAAGUUAAAUUCUGACUUUAUGCAAUUUCAGCAACGGGAAGAAGCUAUCACUAGAGAACGACAAGACUUUGAGAGACGAAUGAGCGAGGCCCAGAAGUGCUUCGAGGAGUUAAAGAAUUCUAAAGAGAAGGAGAUAGGAUCUUUGCAGAAGGAGCUUAUGACGGCUCGGGGAGUUAUAUUUUCGCUGCGAGUGGAGGUUGAGGAUUUACGGUAGGUACAUUGCUUCCCAGUCAGGAUUUAGCCAACACAGAUUGUUUUUGUAUUUAUAGAAACAGGCUGUUUCUGGAUAUCUGUUUGAUUUUCUCACAUAUCAUUUCGUAACCACCUACUCCCUUGACUGGCCUGAUCUCGGAAAAAGUCCAGAAACAUGCGUGUUGAUUUUUUAAGAUUUUUUGAGUUUUUAAGUCGUUUAGCAGAAACUCUUUUGAGCAGAAAUGUCCGAAGAAGGUGAGGAUUACUAAAGAAGGGAUGUUGUAAUACUAUGCGCCUGUGAUCCAAAAAAUAAACAGUUCUUCAGGUUUCUUGUCUGUCUGCAUAAUCAUGCGUCCAUUUGGAAUACUACUUUUAGACUUGCUAGUAAAGUGAAAGCGAGGACCGCUGACUUUUCAUAACUACCCAUUAGUUGCCCGUUGAAAACUUCUAGGCCAAGAACAGUUGCAACCGUCACACCCCCUAAAAUAUCCCACGAAGAAACAAUACUUUUGUCGGGUCGAGUAAGUACACAUGACCUUUGAAAUAGAAUUUAGUAUAAGGUAUUUCGUGAUAAAUCCUUGUGUUAUCUAGGCUUCGGACCUAUGCAAAUGUCUAACGAUCAAUUUUGGAAUGUUCCUCGUGCAAAACAGUGUGGGAAAUUCUUUCGCAAAAAACUAACUUCCGUGAACGUAUGUUCCACUUUCAGACGAAAGGUCACCGACGGGAACAUCCGAUAUCUUAAGCUGACUGAACAGCACUCUUGUUCAGUGGACUCAUAUGAAAAAAGGCUUAAUGAUUUAAGGGAAGCAAAGGUAUGUUGAUAAAGAUUACUAUUUUCAAUCGUUUGGACUUAUUUUAAGGAAAGAGUCGUAAGUAUACAUUUCCCUUCGUUUCCUCUCAAGCGCUUGCUGAGCAUGCUAUCUCACUAAUGAUGAUUUUCCUACCAAGUGCAUUCCCUACAGUACAUAUUUGCCCUUCGGACUUUCACUAAGUAGUCUUUAGACUUGUCAGAUUCCUUUAGUUAGACAUGACCAUUUUCGACAGCGAGCGAAUGAGACAGGGAAUAAUUCGGAUAACAAGAAAUUACUGCUGAUUUUCUUGUUAAGGAUAAGCAGAUUAUGAAAUUGGAGCACGAUCUUCGUCAUGAAAUGGAAAAGAAGUGCAACGAGCAGCGUGCAGAACUUGAACGAAAAUUUACAGUGAGAGAGGGGAUUCUUACGAAACAGUCUACCGAUCUUAAUGUCCAACUAGAGGUGAGUGAACUACCACAAAGUUCGAACUCUGUGAAUUUUCCUUUUUACUAUAGUCCUUCUCUACAUGAUGUCGUUAUUUAGGCAAUUUUAAGAAGAACAGGGACUGAAAUAGAUUUAUUACGUACAAUGAAAAAGCAGAAGCCAAGCACUCAACUGUUGUGUAGGAUGAGCCCGAGUGAUCGAACGACGAUUUACCGACUUCUGGAGUUCGCUUUGGGAGAUCUUAUAUUUGACAAAAAACAGACAGCGGCAGCAGACAUGGAGGCGAUGCAGUAUUUACAGAAUGCAGUUUCUACUCAACCGCGCACCUAAGCAAACUAACCUUUACCACAUUCAUCGCAGACGUUCACAUUGGUUGAGAUAACGACUGGGUUCAGUUAAGUUCAGCUUAUUUUGAGGGAAACGUAGAUGUUGCAUUUUCAAACUCCCUGUUUUUCACAAGGAAGCGAAUAAUAUCAAAAAUUUGAAGAUGGAAACAUCAAACAGCUACAUAAAUUUUUCCGAAACCGAGUAGAUAAACGAAUUGUACAGAGUGUUAAGAACAUUAGCAUUACUAAGUGCGCUACACAGUAAUCAGUCUAUGCAUAAUUAUGAUCUAGAGCUCCUAUCCGACAGAAAUAUCCUCCAUAAUCUCGCUUUUUAUUCACUUCUUUUUUAAGGCUUGUGGUAGCCAUGGGGGCCUUUGUUCAGUUUCAUCCGUGAAAUAGGAUAGUGAUCUCUGAGAAGAAUGUGCAAUAACUCGCUAAACCAGUCCCAAUCCUUGGUUAUGUCACCGGAAAAAGCGGAUUCCCCGUUUAUUAAUUCGGCUUUCAUAUGGGUAAAGUCGUUGCGCUAGAUAUUCCCUCUAACUCUGAAGGCUUGUUCGGCAGAGAAAAGAUGGAGUGCUCCCACAACAGUACGACGUAGUCGCGUCGACCUAAGGGAGAUCAACAUUGCACCUCGUGAAUGCUGUCCAACGACUUGGUUAGGACCAGAUCUAGACAGUUUGUUGCCCUUCGCGCACCCUCGUCGGAAACGAGAAGUGCCGAGUGGGAAAUAACCUGAGCGUCAUGUCCAGCAAACGUUGGUCGAAAGUAUCGUCGGGAACGGAUGCAUAAGCUAAACUCCGGUCGAUAAGAGGUGCAUUGAAGUCUUCCAUGACUAAGACGUCGGACCGAAUAGUAAAUCUUCCUAGAUCCUACGGCAAGCGGGCGUCAGCCGUGGGAUCAUUUCUCGGCAGUCGGUAUACUGUCAGGAUGUCGAAGUUUGGUGAACCCGGUGCUUUUAGAGUUAGCCAAAUCGCUUUAGAAGUACACGCAUCUGUCUUUGAUUACCGUGAUGUCCUCACUGGUGUUUGUGAUGAGCGUCAUUAGGACUUGACAACUUCGCCUACCGUAUGGUUCAUCUGCGCGCCCCUCGCGUAACCAAUUACCUCGUUUAGGCAGAGCCUUAACACUGGAAAAUAGUUAUCGGUGGACUUGGUGAUUGUCUGAGGGCUGGAGGACUAUAGUUUAAGUAGCUUAGGGUGCAUCCGAUUGACGUCUUCAGGAAGGAUGUUGACCGCGUAGAGUUUAGAUGUGGGACCUGAUCACGUCAAGCGUGACGGUACUUGUGAGUUGACAUCAUUCCCCUUCACUGCUGAUGCGCUCUUGACCAUCACUGUCCAAAGUAAUCUUCCUGCCUCCGUGGCGUAGUUGUUUUGUUAACAACUACACCGACUACAGACGUUGUUUGUUGCGGAAGGGGGUCCUUAACCUUCAUCUCGUCUGUGCAUGCAUCAGUUGACGAGGUUGAAAGCACCCGUUGAAAAUACCGGAAUUUAAAUCCUGAUUGAUUCUCGAUACUCCCUGCACACAUGCUAGUAGAGAGCCCGACGACCUGUUGCGCCGAGUAAGUUUUGAUGCAGUACGCAACUGCAAGGCUUUCGACCCAUCAGUAGGUCUUCCAGCGAGAUGUGCCAAUUUUGACAGGCGUAAGGCAAAUCGAGAGUCUGAUUUUCUACUCGGACAAUAAGCGGAUCAGAGAAAAGAGAUGCCGGCAAAAAUGCGAGCUGCCUGAUUGGCGUUUCUGGUUUAUUUACCGACGUCAUACAGCAAUAUGCUAGGCCUGACUUCCAGCACAUCGAGGUUUGAACCCGUGCCCAGUGUGCCGUUGGGCGCUACAAAUACAAAGAUUUAUUCACACUUUGUCACUUGAUCUCGAGAACACACAAUGUCACAAUAGGAAGACCUGCGCGAUCUGUCCUGAUUGCGGGACAGGAAAUCUUCUUCGCUGAUUGAUUGUUCGUCGCCUUUCCAAAGCAUCGUCUGGGGCCGUCACGGUCUCCAUCUCAAAAUGAAGCUGGAGAUGCGCAAGGUGGCCAUCCUGCCGAUGCUGCUGUAUGGAGAAGACACCUGGACUGUGUACAAGAAGCAGGCGCGGAGACUCAACCAUUCCCACCUCAGCUGUCUUCAUGGAUACUGAAGCUGAGGUGGCAGGACCGGAUCGUCGACACUAACGUACUGGAGCGAAUGGGAAUCCCCAAGAUCUAUGCCAUACUGAGACAACUGCAACUGCGUUGGAGCGACCAACUCGUGCGGACGGACGACGACUAUCCAAACGACAAAUACAUGGAGAUGUCGCCACAGGGUACUGCCGUCAAGUAGGCCAAAUCCGUCGACAUAAAAACACUCUGAAGACCUCCCUGAGGCGUGUGCAUAUCAACCCGGCCAACUGAAAAGGCCUAGCUCAAGACCGACCGACCGACAUGGAAGGCAACAGUGAAGGCAGGCGAAGCGAUCUACGAGGCAAACCACAUCACCGCCACAAAAGCCAAACGAGAAGCACGCAAAUCUCAGCUGGGUCCCUUUCGCAACGCCCAACCACCCCCAACGUGUCCACGGUGUCAGUGGACAUUCCGGGCGGCAACUGAAUUCGUUGGACAUCUUCGAGCCAACUGCAGCACUCGGACUGCACCAGCCGUCGUCCCUCCGUUCGUUUCUUCCUCGCCUCCUACGCUGUUGGCUUUUAUUUCCCCAAUUUGCUUUCUGAAGGGCUGAAUUAACAUCCAUGUGUUCUUGUGAGUCCUACUGUGUGCUACGUUACUUCGACAUAGCACGAAUCUGGUUCAAAAGUCUACAAAUUACCCGACGAAAUACUCGCACAUCUUUUCAACAAUGCUAAUUCGUUAUGUGUACUUUCCAUGCCUUCGACCCAGCUAAGGAGACCUAUGUUGCCUUAUCAGUACACUCGAAAUUGACAGCCAGCUUUUUGAAAGGGAUUUCUAAAUUUUAAAAACUCGACACCCCUGGCGACAUUCGAGUCCCCGAUAGAGAGAAUACCUACUUAUAGUCGGCCUACUGUUCAUCGAUUGGAUUCCGAGUUGACUGCCUGCGAAAACCUGGUUGGACACUCAGCCUACCGGAUAAAGCUAAGAGGAUUCAUAACUCAUAACAUGCAUGAGGAGUAAUUAUAACUAAAUUAUAAAAACCUGAAGGAUAUCGGUCGAGAUUUCGUAGCCUAAUUGUCAGGGCAUUUGUCUGUAUUGGAACCUUGCUGUUCCUGUCUUGAGUUCGAAUCCCUCUGAGGCCGCCGAGGUUUCAAUAAAUGAGAGGUCGGCUUACAUUCCGCCAAAUCCGCCAAAACCCCCUACCUCUUUGGUAUAAUAUCAUCUGCUUUUCUUGACUGUCCAACUGGGGCUCUGACAAGUCCACUCAUAUAAAAUCAUUCUUCCGCUUUAUGUUGACAGGAAUGCAGACUGAAGCUGGAACAGCAGUCCAGGUUGCAGCCCACGCCGAUCACGUCGGCACGACAGGUGCAAACAGAAACCACUGUGCGUGAAGAGCCCGUACGAUGGGAUGCAGCGGCGAGGUGGGGACCUACAGCCAGUCCCAGCACCGACGGCGCUUCCAGCAUGAUCGGUGGAUCUGAGCUCUGGAGGGAGGAGCUUAAGCUACUGCGGGAUGCCACCCAGGCCUCACUUCAGUUGGCCCAGCAGGAGCUUAUGAGAGAACGUGAGAAAAGUGUUGCUCAGGCUGCCACCAUACGUUGUCUGGAAGAUGUAAAUCACAGCACUUUAAUUUUCACUGUAUACAUCAUCCUCUUCUACGUGCAUGCUGUUCUCUAAAGUGUACUUAAGGCAACAGAAGUUGCAGCAAAAUAUGCUCUGCCCUACACGGUUCUGGAUGACCGCCAGUCAGUUAUUAGGCUCACGUCCAGAUACGUCUUUAUUUGGUUUUCAGAUGAUGCAUUGAGAAACUAUGUCGAUUCAGGUCCUCACUAGGUCUUCCACAUUUCGCAUUGACAAAUCCGAGAACUUGAAACAAGACAUCUCGUUCGCUGUCUGGCAAAUUUGUGCUUACUUUAUAGAAGUUGGCAAGUGCCAAGGUAGAGCAACCGUUUCAUGGUCGCGGUAAAAAGUUCAACGCAGAUGUUCAAGGAAGUAAUUUCCUCGUAAACAAUUUUGAAAAAACAUAUGCCUUGUUGACAGGAGCUCACUGUAUGAGCACGGAACUAACAAACAAUCAUAACAAGUAGGGCACUGGUAGGAAGGCGCUCACCGAUCGCGCUACGGAGCUCACUCGUCGCGUUUUGUAUUAGGCCUUUCUCUCGAGCCCUGCCAGCAACCGUACAGCGAUGCAUGAUACAGGCUGAGUAGCAUUGCCAACAAAGACAAGGAAAACUGGAAUGUCCACUUCUAGAUUAUUGGCAUUUGUCAACCAGUCACACCCACCCCCGAGGUGAGGAACACCUAAAGCUCAAUCACGGGACCUGUUGGUUAGAAGUCCAACGCCCUUAGCGACUGGGCUCGUUGUCCUGUCGGUUGUGAUCGGCAUAUACAGUACUCGGAGCACGCCCACCCGAUAUAUAUCCGAUCGCAUCCGACAGGACAGCGAAACCGUGGCUCAGUGGCUAGGUGCGUUGUACUUCUGACCGACAGAUCGCGGGAUCAAGCUCCAGAUGUUCCACACCUCGGGGAGGAAUAUGACUGACUAACAACGGCUUAUAGGCCAGAAACAGCCAUUUAGUCUUCAUUGUCUUUGUCGGUAAUUCCAUUCUACUGUAUUGCACUUCUGUAAUCUUUGAACAAGUUCCAAAAUCCCCCCCUUGCGUGGAGUGGACUUCAAACAGCCGAUUAGAGUCAAAAAAUUGUUCCUCGCUUCUUAGCCGGUUUAGAUCAGAGUAGGUCUGACAGAAACGUAAUUUACCUUCAUUCUCAUCGAUGUUUCGUGUUCUUUUGCCUCAUGGAACAUGAUUUGUAGUGGUGCUUCGAAUAGACCAAACAACGGGAGCAGGUGAGGAAAAACUAGGCAAAUCAUUUUGGGGCGUCCCGGAGACGCUCAAAUGCAUUUUUAUUCUAAAAUGUAUGUUAAGCUCUGAUUCUAUUAGUUUAUCCUUGUAAAGAGGACGGCAAAAAGAAACCCGGGUACUGGUUUCUGAUAAGAAUCCGAAGCAGCAGUCCAAAACGUCUUUUUACUGAAAAAAAACUGUAGGGGAUCAUCUCAGGACUCCUCUACAGAGAUCUUAGUUCCGAAAUGUGACUUAUUAUUUCUUGCUAAGGUAAAACUGUUACUCAUUUGUUAGUCGACGUUUGCUCUGAGAUGAGAGCUAGGAAAGAGAUUGAUGCAUACCUCCUAUCCUUUGGUAAAAAAUAUGUUUUUACUCUUUAAAAUAAAUGGUAAUUCUCUUUAUGAUGCUUUUAACAGACGUGCCUAACGAUAGCUCUUUCCGUCAAAAUCCUAGAUGGAGAUUGGGUUUCCUUAAUUUGCACCGCACGCCUAUCCCAACUGUCUUACGCAUUUUUGCCAGCACCUUUUCCCACCGGCUUCAUACGCGUGUACGUGAAAUUGCAGAAGAUGAAAAAUCUAAUCGCGGAACGAGCAGGGGAAACCCAGGCCCUGAUGUUGGCUCUCGAAGACAAAGUCAAGGAGGAAUGUUCCAAAGCCGAACAGCAAUUUCAAGUGGUAAUGUUUGUAAACUGCCAAGAACAUAUGGUUUUUUGUGCUUCUCUGAUGUACUAAAAUAUGGGAAGUUACAAUAUCUACGGGAAGAUGCAUUUUAAAACUGUUCGCUAUCAAAGUCCGACUUUAACCGCUACUUCGGCCUGCUUGCAAACAAGCAUCUGAAGGGCUGAUGUUGAUCUAGCUUGUCCCCUAGGGACAUUUAGAAAGUUCUGCUAUGACCUGUCCUUCGCGUCAUUAUGAUUGACGGCGACAGUUAUUCUCACUUCUAACCACCCACCGUUUUCCUCUAAUCCGAUAUGAUGACGCGCUGGCCGAUGAAUGUGGUUGGUAGGUGCUGGCAAAGGAAAAGGCAGAAGCACGGAGGCAGGCCACAGAGGCAGUCAAACGCACCCUCGGACCACAACUCCUCCAGUACAAGCAGUCGGCUUCACAGGCACAGAAGACCACCAGGGAACUCAGGCGACGGUUGGAGGGUUUCUAUGACUCCGUUCUCAAGCUCACUAACAAGGAAUGCCGUAAGCUUUCCAGCAUCCUACAACUUGGCCCUGAACGGCUCAGCCUGCUGGACACCGAGUUAGCAGGCAUUGACACGCCCGGAGAACUUGCACUAACACGAAGGUAGGGUUCAUGCUUACUUUUGACUACAAGCAACCAGGUGCACAGCGUAGUCCCAGCGACUGCUUCUACCUUGGCGUAAUUUGAUAGAACUUGCUGUGAAGUAGACUGUCGGUUUUUUUGAUAAAGGACUAUUACGAGAGUACCAUUAUCACAGAAGAGCAUUUUGCUGUCGGACUUAUUAUCUUAAUUACAACAAUUAAUGAGGGGGCUAUACUGUUACUGACGUAUUGUUUCCUAAGGACACGAAGGGAGGUCCACUGUGUUGAUUUUUUGUCAGUAUGGGGUGCUGGAAAUAUGGAUUGUGAGGAAGAUAAAUGUAACCUUCUUUAAGCCAUGCGUUAUGACACCGAACGAAUUAAUAUCUUUGGCUACGGCCCAAGCAGCAUAAAGUAGUAGUGUCAGAAGACAUUGGCUGUGAAAAUAAACUGAAUUCGUUGAGUUAUUCCACGCAUUCCAGUUGGAGUAGUGACAAGCACCCUAAUAUCAAUGAGCUAAUGGGUAAAAUAGCUCUGUUGGUUAGAACGUUGGUUGUAUGCAAGCCUUGUCCUUGUUGUCGGGGGGUGGAAUCCCACCGGGGCCGCAGAGUUUUUCAAAACCGAUUCAAAAUGAGAAGACUACUAAUCACAGGAUCGAAAGGAAAGUCUUCUUCUCCACGACUGGAGGUUCUGUUUAUUAAAUAGUUCACUUCAUAAAACGGCCAGUUCCUAUAAUUCGGAGCUAUAUAUUAAAUAGAUGUUUGUCGAGGUUAUGGCAGAAUUGUCCAGCUGCUCACAUACGAUAGAACUUUAAAUGAGUGACAUGAAGUGAACUACAUGAAUAGACCAUCGAAUGACUGACGGACCAGUUCGACCAUAAAAAAUAUGAAAGAACAACUUUCGUCUAUGCCAUGCUGUUGUUUGAUAUGCGCAGUUAUCCCUUGUUUAGCAUGGAGGACGACGUAAACGAGUCAUGGGAGAAGUCGAUCGCCACUUCAAUGGCCACACAGUCAGCCUACAUAAGCGAGUUGGGUGCGCUCGUCAAACAAUUGCGCAGACAUCUGAAGCAGUCGAAAUCCUCAAUGCCAAUCCCAAAAUAGGCACAUUUGGUAAUCGGACUGCUGAAUACUCUACUUACCCAAGGUAAUGUCCAAGUGAAAUUUCUUCGUUAACGCCAGUACUUCAUUUUCCAAAGUAGGUCUAAUUCUACUCUGUGACAGACAUAUCAGACAUAGAUAAAAAAACAGCAGUCCAGAUCCCAUCACCACAUCUCGUCUUAUCUGUUCACGUUGCUCAAUAGUCCAAAUAUGAGCCUACCCCACAACACCCCAUAUGCAAAACCCGUGUAACACCAUGGCUUUCUCCUGCAGCAAUCAUGCGAUUCACUUGACCAGGGCGGGCAAAACAUCACGUGCGGAAAUAUACCUACCAAACAUGAUGUAUGCGUAUGUUCGACUCCCGGAUGUUUGUAUGAGCAAAGAAGAAGAAGAAUGGUCAGGCACCGGAACAAUUUGUGCAUUGUUCCGAGUUUACGAACUCGUGCAGGAGUCCUCCGCCAGAGAGUGGCAGCAACAGAACUAGCCGAAGUUACGAGGCGUGCGAGCCAGUAAACGACCAGCGAUACAGGUCUAGAAGUGGCCGCGCAGGGCAGUAUCUGCCGGCGCCAAAUCGAUAUAUCGAUUGACUGAGUUCCCACCCGAAGCCCAGGCUUAAAUUGACUCUUGACUUGUCUCACUUCCAACGUGGGUAGUUACUCCGAUGGCUGCGAAUUCGAACUCAAGUCCCGCUUCGCAGUUGUCGGCAGCCACUUGCGGAAAUUCGUCUCUUUGUCAGCUUAUGUUCACGUAUGCGAGAUCUAUGCAUGCGUUCAGUCUGACUUGGUGUAGUUACAAGGACAGGUUAGGCACAGUAUGCGAUACGUUACCCCAGACUGCUCCUUGAGAUCUAGUCGGUCCUUGAUUUUUAUGAGCCUACUGCGCAUGGCAGCUUUUGGCCGGUGUGCCAUCCCAACUCUUAGUUUCUCAGCACAGCGGUCGUUCGUUUCUGAGACGUCUUUAAUGUAUGACAGCACGUGCCAUAUCCUAUAUGGUGUUUCUGUUUUGGUAUCUAGGGGGGGGGAGCGAGCGCGUAGACAUAGUUUAAAAAACGCCUUCAGAUCGCCAUUCCGCACAAACUGGCCGCGAAGAUACCGGACCUCGCGUACGUCCUCCUCGGUUUGCUGCAGUCUGAACCCCUUCACAGAGCCGUCCUCACAGAAGCUUUCUGCAUGCAGUGAGGACCAGGUUGUUUGUGUACGCGUGGCCGGGCUGUCAGCCACUGCGCCCGUGCCCACCUCCGAUCAUUAAGACAUGGUAAGCAGAGGAAGAGAGUGUGUGAUACACGCUGCGCAUGUCCGCCUCACUACACACUACUUUGCCCGCAAGUCACUGGUGCUGCGCCCACUCAACGGGGCAUGCAGUGGACGUCGUCGCCUACGACGGUCCAAUUGUCGUAUGUAAGGCAGCCCUUCUCAUACAAAUGUCUCCGCGUAAUGGCUGUUGACGGGCAUUAAAACUUAAUUCGGCCAAGUGUAAUUGCAAAAAUAAGAAUAAUUUGGUUCACAGAGUAAAAACAGACACCGUGAAAAGAUUAAAGGUUAUGACCUAGUUUCAACGAUGCUCUUUUUGCUCGACCAACUUUAAAGCAUCGGUCUUUUUCUUUUAGAUUUAUACACCGAAGCUACUGGAGCUGA